AUGGCAAAUUUUGUUUCUCGCGGCAUCUAUUACAUGGAUUCCAAUGAAGAGCCAAAGGAAGUCGAUUUGAAGGAAUUGGCGAAUCUCAACCUCUAUGGCCCAAAGAAUCCUGAGGGUGAAGAGACCGAGAAGGAAGCGACCGAAUCUGCUCCCGAGAAUGCCGACCCGAAUAAAAGAGAUUUGAAGUUAACUGAUUUGCUAAAAGGAGCUGGUGCGCACUAUUACUUUUGGCUCUCAAAUAAAGAUGGAGGAGUUCCCUUCAAGGCCGUGGUGGAGCAACUCGACUGCAAUUUCGGAAAAGUGCACCAUCGACACGAACUCGUCAGCGAAAAAGAUCAAAAGGGCCAGAGUUAUACUUCGUUUUCUUGA